AACUGCCAUGAAAAUCUCAAUAGGUUAACGAUGUCUCUCAGCACAUCUUUAUUAGCUCGUUCCAAAAACAAAUCCGGGAAGCCUUGCCGAACAACAAUUGUCGGCCGGCUACGUCAGCUGACCCCGGGAUUGUGAAUUUCCGUCGGUAAACACUCAGAUUGGUUAUUCUGCAAUUGGCCUUGCAUCGCAUCACCUAGUGGUGGUGUAAGCAUUGAACCUCAUGAUGCAGAACUGAUGAUGCAAAACAACGUGACUGCGCAUCAAUGACGCAUCAUCGCAUCACCGAUCGGCGGCCACUGCAGCUUGCUUCCCCCUACUGCGACAGCCGAUGAGCUUCCGCCGAUUAGAGACGGUGCUGUCCUCGAAUUUCUCUCAGUUGCCGCACAAUCUCCAGACUCUCAUUCACGCUCGCCUGCUCCAUCAAUCGAGCCCUCGCUAUCGAACCCCAUUCAGCUUCCCAACCCACCCCAACCCUACCCCGCACGAGAUCUUUCACCUCCCGCGGGGUGCAUCAGAUGCAGACAUCAAGCGCCGCUACAUCGCCCUGGUGAAACAGCACCACCCCGACUCGCCCGCAUGCCGGGCCCUGCCCUCAGACGAGCGACACCGGCGCUUCCAGCUGGUUUCGGCUGCAUACGACACGCUGCGCGGGAAGACCGUGUCGAUGUCCGGCGGGCCGCGGCGGCAGCCGCAGGACCAGGAUACGUGGGACGAGAUCGACCGGCGGAAGAACGCAUAUGCGCGCUACCAGGCGGGAUACGCGCGAGCGCGGCGUGCGGAGUUCUCCUCUGGCUAUAGCCCCGGGUAUGAGGACCCGUUCUCGUGGAAGCGCCAUCGGCCGGUGCAGGACGACGGGUGGGUGGAUCGGCUGAUUUUGGCGUUUGGAUUCACCGCAUUGAUUGUGGGUAUCCUGCCCAUGUACUUGUAUCCUCGUCCGGUUUAUCCGCGGUUACCCGACUCCGCAUUUCAUCUUGCCCAAGCGCGGCGCGAGGCAAUGCUGACUCGCGACGACCGCAUGCGCGUGCAGGAGCACCAGGAACCAGACUCUGACUACGAGAACGACUAAUUUUGUAUCGUGAGACAGGAAGCAUGGUGAAAUAUGAAACAGCAUUCAUCGAGAGGUGUAGAUGUCCCUUACCGCUUAUCAUGCCAUGCCGCCCUGCGUCAGGAACCCAGUAGUGGACUUCUGACCGGUCCUUCCCCGAGCAAAUCCGUCUGUUUGUGCUGCAUACUUCAGUCGCUCUCAUCACCUGAGACGAGCCGCUUGGGACUCAGCCAACCUUCCGCUCCUGGAAGAGUUUGUUGCCAACGAUCAUUUUGGGCACGCGACCAGAAAGGAGCUCUUGUUUUCAAUCGCUGUUCUCGUGUGAUGCAUGAUUGUGGUCCAAAGUGAAGAAUCGAAUGUCG